AUGUCCCAACCAACGCAGCUUUUGGUGCCGGAUAUAUACUUCAAUGGAAGUACCCGGUGCACAACCGAAAACUCGUUUCCCAACUGCCUCGUUACGGAUACGCCGACACCAGCCCACACGAACUAUGGUUCUGAGACAACGAUUGUUGAACACAUGAAGACGUCCCAGUUCCGCUACCCGAACAAGCCAAACAGCAAAACAGCCCACACUAUUCGUGCAUUCACUUCACCCGUCGCACUACAGUCAGAACUAAUACAACUUCCAAGAUACAUAAAACGCUUCACAACUUCGAAUGGAGUACAACACACGCCAGACAUCGACGUGAAUGGUAGCAAACCACUGUUCCCGGCUAAUGUCUACUAUUUUGGCAUCAUCCCGUCCGCGAACCAGUCGAUCGACUGUGAUUCCCGUGGGCGUUCAGACAAGCUUUGUAGCUCCUUAUCGAAAGCCGAGGUGGAAGAUAUUCGGGAGGUCUUUGAUCUGUUCGAUUUUUGGGAUGGUCGGGACGGAAUGAUUGAUGCAGUCAAAGUGGGUGACCUUCUUCGAUGCAGUGGUAUGAACCCAACCAUUGCGAUAUGCGUGAAACACGGUGCCACAAGAAAGCAGGGGGAGAAACAAUACAAAUUUGACGAAUUCCUUCCCUGUUAUGAAGCUAUUCUCAAGGAAAAUGAGGGUGGUACAUUUGCUGACUAUAUGGAAGCCUUCAAGACUUUUGAUCGUGAAGGUCAAGGAUUCAUCUCUGCGGCCGAAAUGCGGCAUGUGUUGACUGGAUAUGGUGAAUACUUGGAGGACAGCGACGUAGAUAAGAUAGUCAAAUUGAUUGAUCUCCACGAAGAUCUUGACGGCAAUAUCAAGUAUGAAGAGCUGAUAAAGAAAGUUAUGCAAGGUCCAUCAGCAAAAUAAACGUGCACCAAAGAUUCACCUCAGUUCUUCAUUAUUCUUACCCUUGACUCACAUUCGAAAAAAAAUUCACGGUUUUUUGUCCACCUUUCGAAACUAAAAAUGUUUUCUGGAGAUCGGUAAUCCUAAUACCAAACCCUGUGUAAUUGCGCCAUUGCAGGGUUUGUUGUGUGAAGUUUUCGAAACUUUUGCCUUCGGAAAAAACAUUUCUAUUAAACCUUCUUCGUACCUUUGUUUUGCUGCCUGCCCUGGCAAUCUGCAAAAUAAAGAAUGCCUUCAUACUGA